CAAAAAACACACGUGGCGCAGCGAAGUCAAAUCCCAACCGCACAGACAAAGCAACCCGAAUUGCACAAUCCUAUCUCCAUCAUCCCCAUAACCCAUUCUCUCUCUCUCUCUGCAGAGUAAAAUCCGAAGAAAGUCUCCAUCUUUCUUUCUUUCUGGGUUUCCUGUUUAUCAAACCAAAGCAAUGAUUCACUAAACCCUCUGCUUCCGUGGAUUCAGAGUAAAAGAACAAUGACUGUUACAGGCGUUAGCAAUAGUGCUAAUUCCACAGCAUUAGCAUCUGUAUAUUCAGUACGCAAGCUCCCGUUUCUCUCUCUCUCUGAAUCGUUGCCUUGCCCCAAGAAUUCUAGAAAACCAGCGUCUCCUACUCCUUUAAGAUGUAGAUGGACAUCAAGAUCGGAUUCGCUCUGCGGAAAAUUUAGAGUUCAUGCAUCAAAUGCUGGUGUUGGAUCUGGUAGUGAGGAGGAUGGAUCUCAAAGUAGUUCUCUUGAUCGGUCUCAUGCCACCUCAUCAGAAAGCUUAAAACCUCAAGGGCCAUUCCCGUACUCUUUGUCGAUAGCCCUUGUACUACUGGCUUGCGGUUUGGUAUUCUCUCUAAUCACAUUUGUCAAGGGAGGACCAUCCUCAGUUCUAGCAGCAGUUGCAAAAUCAGGCUUCACAGCAGCCUUCUCACUGAUCUUCGUUUCUGAGAUUGGUGACAAGACAUUUUUUAUUGCUGCGUUAUUGGCUAUGCAAUACGAGAAAACAUUGGUCCUUUUAGGUUCAAUGGGAGCUUUAUCGCUGAUGACUAUCUUAUCCGUUGUUAUCGGGAAGGUUUUUCAAUCCGUGCCUGCUCAGUUCCAGACAACACUACCGAUAGGAGAAUAUGCUGCAAUUGCGCUUCUCAUGUUCUUUGGAUUGAAAUCCAUCAAGGAUGCAUGGGAUCUUCCACAAGCGGAAGCCAAGAAUGGUGAGGAAAGUGGUAUAGAACUCGGUGAAUACACUGAAGCUGAGGAACUCGUUAAAGAAAAGGCGUCGAAAAAGUUGACAAACCCACUUGAAAUCCUCUGGAAAUCGUUCAGCCUUGUGUUCUUUGCUGAAUGGGGAGAUCGGUCAAUGCUUGCAACUGUUGCCCUUGGUGCUGCACAGUCUCCAUGGGGAGUUGCGAGUGGAGCUAUUGCUGGACACUUAGUGGCAACAUUGCUUGCUAUCAUGGGUGGCGCCUUCUUAGCCAACUAUAUAUCUGAGAAACUGGUGGGAUAUGUUGGUGGAGCUCUCUUCUUAGUAUUUGCUGCAGCUACAUUCUUCGGAGUGUUCUGAGUAUACUCAUGGCCCUAUAGGAGAAGUAGGGGCUGACCGAACAAUGUUUGUUCCUGAAAUUCAUAAUCCUUACAGUAUUCUAUGCUUAGUUCUUUGUCUGGACCAUAAGCAUGUAAUCAAUAAACACACAAAGCGCUUCCUAUAAAUGGUGCAGGAUAUGAUGUUUGUUGUACCAAAUCAUAUAAAAUUCAAUGUUUCUUU